AAAAUACGACAACGACCAAGUCCAAGUUCCAUCUCCUCAUGUCGAAACGAACAAGGGAAGAAUCAGAAAUGGAAGCAGGGCCCUCAACCGCUUCGCCAGGUGUAUCCGUUUCCCCUGCCCCUGCACUUACCGCCGGUGAAGUGCAAUUGCUCAAAGUUCCUCAAAAACGAUUCUACCGGCAAAGAGCACAUGCCAACGUGUUCAUCGACCAUGAGCUCGACUAUCCCAAAAGGCCAGAAUUGAUGGACUGGUCAACACACUACCCUGCAUACUUUUCCCAACCUAACGAGGAUGGAACCAUCACCCAGGGCGAGAAAAAGGUUGAAUGGGCGGACGUUGGAUGUGGGUUUGGUGGAUUGUUAAUGGCGCUUGCUCCCCUUUUCCCCGAAAAGCUCAUGCUCGGUAUGGAGAUUAGAACAUCCGUCACCAAGUACGUGACCGACCGUAUCGCCGCUACCCGUCAAGCCCAAUCGCUCUUACCCGCCGAUUCGGUCGACACCAAACCGGGAGGAUACCAGAACGUAUCUGUGAUCAAGGCGAAUAGUAUGAAGCACAUGCCUAAUUUCUUCGCAAAGGGACAGCUUGAAAAGAUAUUUUUCCUCUUCCCGGAUCCUCAUUUCAAGAACCGCAAACACAAGGCUAGGAUCAUCACCCCCGCUUUAUUAGCAGAAUACGCAUACGUCCUUCGACCCGGUGGGAUUUUGUACACCGUCACCGACGUCAAAGACCUCCACGAAUGGAUGGCCCACCACCUCCACGCGCACCCUCUCUUCGAAUACAUCCCCACCGAAACUCUGUCGGACGACCCCAUCCUGGAAGCGGCGCGUACAGCGACAGAGGAAGGACAAAAAGUUGAGAGAAAUAAGGGCGAUAAAUGGGUAGCUUGUUUCAGGAGGAAGGAGGAUCCGAAAGAGGAGGAUGAGGAUUAGAAUGAGGAUUAGAAUGAGGAUUGGAUUGGGUUAGAGAUCGGGGGAUUCAAAAGAGAGUAACAAACGGUUCUUUUUUGUUUUGGUUCGAGUGUGUCUUUUCUAGCAUGGGUUAUGGUUUUUUUUGUGCAUUUUCAGAAAUACAUAAACUCUGCGGGUCGGGUAUGCGGUAUUCCAUUGUCCCUCAUGAACAAAGAAAU